AUGGAGAAGAUCAGACGAGCAUCGCAUGCUGGUUCAUGGUACACCGACAAUCCCAAAAAGUUAGGGGAGGAACUUGAUGGAUGGCUUAGGGCCUGUGGCGUUGUAAAAUCUUCGGAUGUAAGAGGUGUCAUUGCACCUCAUGCAGGUUAUUCGUAUUCUGGUCGUGCAGCUGCCUAUGCUUUUGGAAACAUAGACCCGGAAAACAUUUCUAGGGUGUUUCUUCUUGGCCCAUCUCACCAUUAUUACACUCCAAAAUGUGCGGUCUCGAAAGCCACGGUCUACAAGACGCCCAUUGGUGAUCUACCUAUUGAUCAGGAAGUCAAUGAUGAACUAAAAGCUACUGGGAAGUUUGAAGUGAUGGAUCUUCAUGUUGAUGAGGCUGAACACAGUAUGGAAAUGCAUCUUCCAUAUCUAGCUAAAGUAUUCCAGGGGUACCCCGUGAAGAUUGUGCCCAUUCUAGUUGGUGCUCUUAGUGCUGAAAGUGAAGCCGUGUAUGGCCGAUUGUUAGCGAAAUAUGUGGAUGACCCUACAAAUUUCUUUUCCGUGUCUUCAGAUUUUUGUCACUGGGGUUCCCGGUUCAACUACACGCAUUAUGAUAAAAAGCAUGGAGCCAUCUACAAGUCUAUAGAGGCUUUGGACAAAACUGGAAUGGACAUAAUAGAAACUGGAGACCCGGAUUCAUUUAAGCAAUACCUACUGGAGACGGACAAUACUAUAUGUGGACGCCAUCCGAUUAGUGUUUUUCUUCAUAUGCUGAAGAAUAGCUCGACAAAGGUAAAGAUUCGAUUCUUGCGAUAUGAGCAAUCGAGCCAGUGCAAGUCCAUGAGAGACAGCAGCGUGAGCUAUGCAUCCGCAGCAGCAAAAGUCGAUUCUUGA